GUUUUGUUCAGCUCUGUCUUCAGUAUAUGCUCCGAGUCCACUGCACAUGGUCUCUCGUUCACGCUGUCUCUCAGUCUGACGGUCUCACGGAUGACAAAAAAUGGAUUCAAUCUCUUCUGAACAUUGUGGGAGAGGAAAACUCAUGCUGUCUGCCUGUCAUUGAGCAUCGGUUACAUUUGGCCGAGUAAGCUGGCUGCUUGGACAGCCUCAAGUCUGGUGUUUGCUGGUUGAGAGGUGUCGGUAAGAGGACACGUUACUUUCUAGCACACUGAUGGAGCUUCAGAGGGCUACCAGUAUGCCUGGACCCCUGUCUCCUGGACACAUUUCUCCUGGGCAUCUCUCCCCUGAGCACCUGUCUCCAGGGCCAGGACCAUCGUACCAGGACUCCAGUCCUGCCAUCAGUUACGGUGCAGCCGCUUUUAACUAUAACCAGCUGGAGGGACGAUUUAAGCAGCUGCAAGAUGAGCGAGAAGCAGUGCAGAAGAAGACCUUUACCAAAUGGGUGAACUCCCACCUGGCCCGUGUCUCCUGCCGCAUCACAGACCUCUACAUGGAUCUGAGGGAUGGCCGCAUGCUCAUUAAGCUCCUGGAGGUGCUGUCUGGAGAGAGACUGCCGAAGCCCACAAAAGGUCGUAUGCGAAUUCACUGUCUGGAGAACGUGGACAAAGCUCUGCAGUUCCUCAAAGAACAGCGCGUUCAUCUCGAGAACAUGGGCUCGCAUGACAUUGUUGAUGGCAACCACCGCCUCACCCUGGGCCUCAUCUGGACCAUCAUUCUGCGCUUCCAGAUUCAGGACAUUAGCGUUGAGACGGAAGACAGCAAAGAAAAGAAGUCUGCCAAGGACGCUCUGCUUCUCUGGUGUCAGAUGAAGACCGCAGGUUAUCCAAAUGUCAACAUUCACAAUUUCACCACGAGCUGGAGAGACGGCAUGGCUUUCAAUGCACUCAUUCACAAACACAGGCCUGACUUGAUAGACUUUGACAAGCUGAAGAAAUCCAAUGCCCACUAUAAUUUGCAGAAUGCCUUUAACCUGGCUGAACAGCACUUGGGCCUCACAAAGCUACUGGACCCUGAAGAUAUCAGCGUUGACCAUCCUGAUGAAAAAUCAAUCAUCACCUAUGUUGUCACUUACUAUCAUUACUUCUCCAAGAUGAAGGCACUGAAAGUGGAAGGCAAACGUAUUGGAAAGGUGCUAGACAAUGCUAUUGAAACUGAGAAGAUGAUUGAGAAGUACGAAUCUCUGGCCUCUGACCUGCUGGAGUGGAUUGAACAGACCAUCAUUAUCCUCAAUAAUCGCAAGUUUGCCAACUCUCUGGUUGGAGUGCAGCAGCAGCUUCAGGCCUUUAACACCUACCGAACAGUGGAGAAACCUCCUAAGUUUACAGAAAAAGGCAACCUGGAGGUCCUGCUGUUCACCAUUCAGAGCAAAAUGCGAGCCAACAAUCAGAAAGUCUACAUACCUCGAGAGGGAAAACUCAUAUCAGACAUCAACAAGGGAUGGGAGAGGCUGGAGAAGGCAGAGCAUGAGAGGGAACUGGCUCUGAGGACGGAGCUGAUUCGUCAGGAGAAGUUGGAGCAGCUAGCCCGCCGAUUCGACCGCAAGGCAGCUAUGAGGGAGACCUGGCUAAGUGAGAACCAGAGACUCGUCUCACAGGACAACUUUGGUUUUGAUCUGCAAGCCGUGGAGGCGGCCACUAAGAAGCACGAAGCCAUCGAGACGGACAUUGCUGCAUACGAGGAGCGUGUGCAGGUGGUUGUGGCUGUAGCCUCAGAGCUGGAGGCGGAGAACUACCAUGACAUCAAGCGCAUCACAGUCCGCAAAGACAACGUUCUGCGGCUGUGGGAGUACCUCCUGGAGCUCCUGAAAGCUCGACGCCAAAGACUGGAACUCAACCUGGGCCUGCAGAGAGUCUUCCAGGAGAUGCUCUACAUCAUGGACUGGAUGGAUGAGAUGAAGAUGUUGCUGUUGUCUCAGGACUAUGGAAAACAUCUGCUUGGUGUAGAGGACCUGCUGCAAAAACACACUCUAGUGGAGGCAGACAUUGCCAUACAGGCUGACCGUGUCAAAUCAGUCAAUACCAACGCGCAGAAGUUUGCUGAUGACUCUGAAGGCUAUAAGCCCUGUGACCCACAAGUGAUCCGUGACCGCGUGGCCCACAUGGAGUUCUGCUACCAGGAGCUGACACAGCUAGCAGCAGAGCGGCAUGCACGUCUGGAAGAGUCACGUCGCCUCUGGAAAUUCUUCUGGGAGAUGGCUGAGGAGGAAGGCUGGAUUCGUGAGAAGGAACAGAUUCUGUCAUCAGAUGACUAUGGCAAGGACCUGACAGGGGCACUGCGCCUUGUCAGCAAGCACAAGGCCUUUGAAGAUGAGAAGAGUGGGCGUGCCGGACACCUCCAGCAGACUGUGCACCAGGGUGAGGAGCUGGUAGCCGCUGGCCACUUUGGUGCCGACAAGAUCAGUCAGCGUAUUUCAGAUGUACAAGAGCAGUGGGUAGCACUGGAGCAGCUGUCAGCAGCCCGCAAGGUCCGUCUGCAGCAGGCCUGCGCUGUACACCAGUUCCAGGCUGACGCUGAUGACAUGGAUGCCUGGAUGUUGGAUGCAUUGCGCAUCGUGUCCAGCACUGAUGUGGGUCAUGACGAGUUCUCAGCGCAGGCAUUGGUUAAGAAGCACAAAGAUGUGGCUGAAGAGAUUUCCAGCUACAGACCAGUGCUGGAUGCCCUUCAUGAGCAGGCCAAAACGUUACCUGAAGAACAGGCACACUCCGCAGAUGCAUGUGGCCGUCUAACGGGUAUCGAGGAACGAUAUAAGGAGGUGGUUGAACUGACCAGGCUGAGAAAGCAGGCACUGCAGGACGCACUGGCAUUGUACAAGAUGCUGAGUGAGGCUGAUGCCUGUGAGCUGUGGAUCGAUGAAAAGGAGCAGUGGCUUAACGGAAUGGAGAUCCCAGAGAAACUGGAGGAUUUGGAGGUGAUUCAACACAGAUUUGAGAGUCUGGAGCCAGAGAUUAACAGCCAGGCUUCUCGGGUGGCCGUGGUGAACCAGAUCGCCCGCCAGCUUAUUCACAGUGGGCACCCAAGUGAGAAAGAGAUCAAAACCCAGCAGGACAAGCUCAAUACCAGGUGGAGCCAGUAUCGUGACCUCGUAGACCGGAAGAAGGACGCUCUCAACUCGACUCUGGGAGUACAGAAUUACUAUCUUGAAUGCAAUGAGACCAAAUCCUGGAUUCGCGAAAAGACCAAGGUGAUCGAGUCCACCCAGGAUCUGGGCAACGAUCUGGCUGGUGUCAUGGCACUUCAGCGCAAGCUGACUGGCAUGGAACGAGAUCUAGUUGCUAUAGAAGACAAACUGGGUGACCUGGGGAAGGAGGCUGACCGAUUGGCCGAAGAGCAUCCAGACCAGGCUCCUGGCAUCAAGGGUCAUUUGGGUGAGAUCAAAGAUGUGUGGGAGGAGAUGAAGGGAACCAUGUGCGCUCGUGAAGAGUCCCUGGGUGAGGCCAGCAAGCUCCAGCAGUUCCUCAGGGAGCUGGAUGACUUCCAGGUGUGGCUGUCACGCACACAGACCGCUGUGGCUUCUGAGGACAUGCCCAACACUCUGGCUGAGGCCGAAAAGCUUUUGGCACAGCAUGAGGGAAUCAAGAAUGAGAUCCGUAACUACAAGGAGGACUACCAGAAAAUGCGUGACAUGGGCAAGACAGUGACCCAGGGCCAGACAGAUGCCCAGUACAUGUUCCUGAGUCAGAGGCUGCAAGCGCUGGACACUGGCUGGAACGAGCUCCAGAAGAUGUGGGAGAACAGGAAGAAACUCCUGUCACAGUCUCAUGCCUACCAGCUCUUCCUCCGGGAUACUAAGCAGGCUGAGGCUUUCUUGAACAAUCAGGAAUAUGUAUUGGCCCACACAGAGAUGCCAGCUACCCUUGAAGGAGCAGAAGGGGCUAUCAAGAAGCAGGAAGACUUCAUGACAACCAUGGAUGCCAACGAGGAAAAGAUUAAUGGCGUGGUGGAGACGGGCCGCAGGUUGGUCAGUGAUGGGAACAUUAACGCUGAACGCAUCCAAGAGAAAGUGGUCUCUAUUGAGGAAAGGCAUAAGAAGAAUCGUGAGGCAGCCCGUGAGCUUCUCACAAAGCUGAAAGAUAACCAAGAUCUUCAGAGGUUCCUCCAGGACUGCCAGGAGUUGUCCUUGUGGAUCAGCGAGAAGAUGUUAACAGCACAGGACAUGUCCUACGAUGAAGCACGCAACCUGCACAGCAAGUGGCUGAAGCACCAGGCUUUCAUGGCAGAACUGCAGUCCAACAAAGAAUGGCUGGAGAAAAUUCAGAAGGAUGGCACUGCACUGGUGGCUGAGAAGCCAGAGACUGAGGCGGUGGUAAAGGAGAAACUGGAGUUUCUGAAGAAGAUGUGGGAUGAGCUGGAGUCAACAACCCAGACCAAGGCCCAGUGCCUGUUUGAUGCCAACAGGGCCGAGCUGUUCACGCAGAGCUGCGCUGACCUAGACAAGUGGCUCUCUGGUCUGCAGGGCCAGAUACAGUCAGAUGACUUCGGUAAAGACCUGACUAGUGUCAACAUCUUGUUGAAGAAACAGCAGAUGCUUGAAAGCCAGGUGGAAGUGAGGCAGAAGGAGGUGGAGGAGCUGCGCACACAGGCCCAAGCACUCAGCCAGGAGGGUAAGGGAUCAGAUGAAGUGGACGGUCUGCGCUGUGGCGUGGAGAAAAAGUUCCACGAGCUGCAGGAGCCACUGAAGAAACGCCGGAGCAACUUGAUGGCCUCACGUGAGAUCCACCAGUUCAACCGUGACGUGGAGGAUGAGAUUCUCUGGGUUGAGGAGAGAAUGCCAAUGGCCACAUCUACAGAACACGGCAAUAAUUUGCAAACUGUUCAGCUUCUCAUUAAGAAGAACCAGACUCUUCAAAAGGAGAUCCAGGGUCACCAGCCACGUUAUGAUGACAUUUUUGAGAGGAGCACACAUAUCUUAAAGGACAACAGUCCUGUCAGUGCAACAAUCCGCCAGCGGUUAGAUGAGCUAAAGCGGCUCUGGCACUUGAUCCAGGAGGAAGUGGAAAAACGCCACAGACGCCUAGAGGAAGCGCACAAAGCCCAGCAAUACUACUUUGAUGCAGCGGAGGCUGAGGCAUGGAUGAGCGAGCAGGAGCUGUACAUGAUGUCAGAAGAAAAGGCAAAGGAUGAGCAGAGCUCUGUGGCUAUGCUGAAGAAACACCAGAUCCUGGAGCAGGCAGUGGAGGACUAUGCUGAGACAGUGCACCAACUCUCUAAAACCAGCAGGGCCUUAGUGGCUGCUGGACACCCAGAAAGUGAGAGAAUCAGCAUGCGACAGUCUCAAGUGGACAAGCUGUAUGCCGGUCUGAAGGACCUGUCUGAAGAAAGACGUGGGAAGCUUGACGAGAGAUCCUGCCUGUUCCAGCUGAACCGUGAGGUUGAUGAUUUAGAGCAGUGGAUCGCGGAGAGAGAGGUGGUGGCAGGUUCUCACGAGCUUGGUCAGGACUAUGAACAUGUCACUAUGCUACAGGAGCGGUUCCGAGAGUUUGCCCGUGACACGGGAAAUAUUGGUCAGGAGCGUGCUGACACAGUCAACAAAAUGGCAGAUGAACUGAUCAACUCGGGUCACGCAGACGCUGCCACCAUUGCUGAGUGGAAGGAUGGGCUCAAUGAGGCUUGGGCCGACCUGCUGGAGUUAAUCGACACUCGCACGCAGAUCCUGGCUGCGUCCUAUGAACUACACAAGUUCUACCAUGAUGCCAAGGAGGUGCUUGGACGCAUCUUAGACAAACACAAGAAGCUCCCAGAAGAGUUAGGCAGAGACCAGAACACUGUAGAGGCACUGCAGAGAAUGCACACCACUUUCGAACAUGACAUACAGGCUUUGGGAACACAGGUUAAGCAGCUGCAGGAGGAUGCGGCACGUUUGCAGUCAGCCUAUGCAGGAGAUAAAGCUGAGGAUAUCCAGAGGCGUGAGGCUGAGGUGCUGGAGGCCUGGCGUUCUCUGCUGGAAGCAUGCGACGGCCGCCGUGUGCGUCUAAUCGACACCAAUGACAAGUUCCGCUUCUUUAGCAUGGUGCGAGACCUCAUGCUUUGGAUGGAGGAUGUCAUCCGGCUCAUUGAUGCACAGGAGAAACCAAGGGAUGUUUCUUCCGUGGAGCUUUUAAUGAACAAUCACCAAGGCAUCAAGGCUGAAAUUGAUGCUCGCAAUGACAGCUUCACAACCUGUGUCGAGUUAGGAAAAACUCUACUUUCACGAAAACACUACGCUUCUGAAGAGAUCAAAGAAAAGUUACUCCAGCUGACAGACAAGAGGAAAGAGAUGAUUGACAAGUGGGAAGACCGAUGGGAAUGGCUGCGACUGGUUCUGGAGGUGCACCAGUUCUCACGGGAUGCAGGUGUGGCUGAGGCAUGGCUGCUGGGCCAGGAGCCAUAUCUGUCCAGUCGAGAGAUGGGUCAGAGUGUGGAUGAGGUGGAGAAGCUCAUCAAGAGGCACGAGGCGUUCGAGAAGUCAGCCGCCACUUGGGAGGAGCGUUUUGCUGCUCUGGAGAGGCUUACCACUAUGGAAUUACUGGAAGUGAGAAGACAGCAAGAGGAAGAGGAAAGGAAAAGACAGGCACAACCUGUAGAAGCUCCCCCUGGUGACACAGCAUCACCACAACAGAGAGAGUGUGAGCAGGUAUCUCAGAAUGGACCACCACCAGAGCAGGACUCUCCCCGGGUUAGUUACCGUUCCCAAGCCUACCAAAACUACUCGAGUUUUCACUGUCGACGAGGCACCACAGGACUGUGAACUCGCCUUCGAUGGGAGAGCGGGAAAAAUGUCCAGUCCACCUGACUAAUUAUCCACUCAUUCUCAAUUUCUCACUAUCACCAUUCUUUAUAGAGUCUGCUACUUUGUUUGCUUUUAGAGGGUAGAACGUGGUCUGCUUUUAGAUAUGUAGCUUUGUUGUGGUUGGGUCCCUGUAGCCUGUAUAACCUCCUCCUAGCAGUAUAUAUGAUUGCAAUAUCUUUGUUGUUUUCAGUUUGUCUGUCGCAUAAACUGUAUAAAUGUUGGACAACACUGAUUCCUGUUGUGCUGCUUAGAAGCUAAAAAGGCUGGAUUAGGAGGUCAGCAUCUUGUUUGCCCUGUAGAUGAAAAUUGUUGUCAGAGUCUGUGCAGUAGAUAUGGGAGGUGAGGUAAUGUGUCCACCUGAUGCUCGCUCAUGUUCGCUGUGGACAUUCCCAUGUUUAUCAGCACACCCACUCUACAUACGGGGAGAGUUCAUAUUGACUGAAUAUAACAUCAAUCUUAAGCACUUUGCACACAGCAGGAGAAUAAUUGCUCUCCACUUGGCAUGCAUCAUCCUGCCUACCGUAUGAAUGGUCAGAAAUCGCCCUUACACAGCUUUCUAUACAGCAAGCGAAACAACAUCUGUCCUAUGGUAACCAAAGUGACAACUAUAUUGAAAACAGCUAUAGUACUGUCCAGACAUUUAUCAUGCAGAAAAAUAUUGAGGCAGGUAAACUCAUGUUGUCCAUCUUAUAAAUGGUUUAUGUGCUAUCUACAUCUUGGCCUCUGGUGUGUGAUGUACUGUAGACGAUAAUUUAUUAGCAGUAAUAUAGUACUGCUUUUAAAUGCUUAAGGGCCACAAGGGCUGUUAUUCUAACCUGGGCACGCAACACCUGGCUAAAACUAGCAAGGUACUGUAGGACUAAAUUAUUGAAUUAAGUUGCCAUAUGCCAAUUAGGCAUUAGGCUGAACAUGCAUGGAUUGACAGUACCAUAGGUAUAACUAAUGUUUCACUUGUUUGGUAUUGCUAGGAGAAAUUUCAUUUUUUUCAUGAUUUCCUCCCAAGAUUACAGAUAUUUUAAGAAAGUCCAGAACUAAAAUCUAAUGAUAAUGCUCCAUAUAUCUUUGCAGUGCCUAGUUUAGGAUUAAUGCUUAGCUAUCUCAGAAAGGUUUUAUUGGUUUUAUGUUACCAUGUUGGUGUUUUCUGUGAGAGAAGUUCUAGAUAGGUCCCUCCAAAGUUUACAUCUGUUUUAUUUUCAUGUACUGGUUAGCUUUUAUUUACAUUUUCAUUCCUAGAAGUAAGGAUUUUGAUGCACCCUAUGGCACAAAUCAGCACAAAAUAAUGACAGGUUAUUUAAUUUCUUUAUAGUUGAGUGAUUAACCUUUCUUUUAGUUGAAAAAUUAAGGAUUGUAAUUCUAAACUUAAUUCCAUAUGAACUCUUAUUCAUCCACUGACUUGCCACCUCAGGAUGCAUCAUUCCUUCCCUUUAUUUUUUCUGUUGGUCAUUAUUUUAGCUCCUUUUAACCAUAAAUGUACAACACUAUAGGUAAGAACACAAAGUAACACAGGGCAUAAAAUGCCAGUUCCUUUGACUUUGCUAAUGGUAUUUUUUGAAUUCGCAGGAUAUUCCUGUGCUCACGUCCUUGCUGAGUACCAAUAGCAAGGUAAUUUUGAAUAGUUAAAUUCAUGGAAGGCAUCUAUCAUUAAAAUGUCCCUCUUUGCAGGGAGAAAACAUGCACUUGAUCAAAUGCCUCAGGGUGCCUGCACUUGUCCUUGUCACUAAUACUGAGACCUGCCUUUAGACACCACCAAGCUAAUAUGUGGUGCAAUGUUACCAGUUUUCCCUACUGGAGUCACCAAUACUGGCAUCCCAGCCAGAAGUAGGAAGUCAAAUUGGCACAUCCAAGCAUCCAUAUUUGAGGAGCCGCUACCUUUUUCUACUGCAUAGCUUGAGCAUCAUGGUACUGAACCGUCUGCAAAGGAGUCAAGUGAUCCUCGUUUCAUGAUGGACUUUGAAUUUUUUUGCUUCCACAUUCUUUCCAUGUAGGGCCUCUAAGGUGUAUUGUACACACUUUUUCAUUGCCGCCUCUUAGCUUCUGCCGCACCACUGCUACAUGCUUUAUUCUUCAGUAUGCUUCACUGAUGGACUAUCAGCACUGUCCACCAAGAUUCAAGCUUAGAUAAUGAGAAGAAGCUUCUCAGAGUACAUUAUGGUCUGUCUGUAUGCAAGGCAACUAUAGUAAGCUCCUUCAGAUUCUGUAUUUCAUUGUGCUGUUUCAUUGCCUCUAAAAGCUCUUGCAGUGGUUCCAUGCCUACUGCAAACUCCUCUUCAAUUCAACUUAGGAAAGCAGUUGCUCUUCCCAUUUCAGGGGGAUAAACAGCUGAGCCGUCUGCAUGUUUCUGUUUCUUCUGCAAAAGUGCAGUAAAGGACCUUCCUAGAGAGCUCAAUGAUGACUCCUGCAUCAACACUGUAAGAAGUGAUGUGAUUAUUGUAGGGUACAUUCAAACGUGUCUAGAAAAGAGUCAAACACAAGAAUUACCAUCGUCCAAGCUGUGCAUCAGUACUCUGUGCAUAUUUAAGAAUAACAAAAUACCAAAAAGGACUAGAGCGUUACACAUGCCGUCUUUGAAUCCACAAUCUCAACUUCUUGUCAAGAACAGGAAAGAGUGAGGUAGCAGGGUCCUUUUAUAGGCUACCCAUGUGAGGUAAUAGUCACAAGGUGGCAAAUGUUCUGUUGGUAUUCAGCAAGGAAUCAAGCACACAGUACUGCACUAGUUCUAAACAUAACCAUAAUUGUAAAGUAGCAGCACUUAAAGACCUAUAUUUAUAAAUCUCAGAUUUAUUUUUCGACCUGGAGUCACUAAUUAUUUUUAGCAGUAAUUCAAUCUAUUGUAAAACUUUGUUGUUUCACAUUUGUCAAAUUUAAUUUAGCUGUGUUAAUUUUUCUAAAAUCACCUAUCCCAAACCAAGAUAGAGAGUUCA